UAAAGUACAUUAGGUGCGGUGUUGCAACUGCAAGGGGCGGAUGAACAGUAAUUCGGGGAUUUGGGCGACGCGAGGAGACUACCCUAUCGGUGGCUUCCGUCGCCGAUUCGGUGAGACCAUCUGGGAGAGACAACCAGGAGACCGGAGAUCGAAUAGAUGGAGGAACUGGAACAAUGUCCAAUUUCCAGGUGAGUGGCGGUUUCCGACAGAGAGGAACUUUUACACUAGCCAGGCGCGACGGUCCUCAGGGCUACACAGAUUAAUCAUGGAAGGAUUUUUAGGGCGACAUCACCUCAGGGCGUCAACUGAUGCUCGAGGUCAAGUCCGCUGGUUUGGAUUCCAGCCCCCGAAUCAGCAACUCAGGACUCAUCAGUCACAUGGGGUAUGGCGGCGCUGGACGGAAAUGGAGAAAUCUCUCCAACAAACAUUAGAUUCAACCCAUUCCUUUGAGGUUAUCAUUGAAAGCAAGGCUUUUCGAUUUACAAUUAUUGAUUGCAAUGUUGUUCGAAUUUCUGAAAUGAAACAUGGAAUUACAUCUGCUAUUAAUCUGGAUAUCGUUAGGCUCACUUGGUUGAAGAACUCCAUUCUCAAAAUUUUUUCUCGCAUUACUUUUGGGAGUAAGAUAGAAAUGAAUAAAUCUGUUCCGAUGCUUUAUGAUGCUAAUUUUUUUUGGAGGCUUUAUCCCCAUUAUUGAGAAGGGAUGUGAUAAUUUGUUUAUUCAUGAAGGACAAUAUAGAUUGGGGAUUAAUUGUUUUCUUAGAGGAAUUACAAGAUCAAUUGCUUUGAUGGUAGAAAGGAGCCAAAUAGAUAGGUUGAUAGAGCCACCAUUUGUGUAUUUUAGAGUCGUUUGCUCGGACACAAUGUCAUUUUUCACAGACACAGAAUCCAUAUCUAUCCUCUUUAAUCUUCAAAGAAGAUUUGCACUUUUUGGGCUUAAUUAUGAAUCUGAUAACACUUUGAAGAGUGUUGUUGUGAUUUGGGAUACUUCACAGGGGACAUUAACUUUUGAAAUCAAAGAGAUAUAUAUGACAGAUAUUCUUGAGACUACUCCUCUUUGCGUUUCUUUUCACCUCACACUGAACCUUUAUUAGAGGAUGGAUUGGUUUCUCCUCAGACAGAAGUUUUAGAACCUAAUGCUUCGGGUGGAAAAGAUCUUGAAGUCACGCAUGUUCUAAGGAUACUUUCUGCUCAUGAGCUACUAGACUGUGUUGCUGACACUGAAUGUGACUCAGCUUGUUCCAGAUUCCUACCUCGAUGGAGUGCUCGUCUCAAGGCUAAAGUAUUGGCUGAAACAUAGGGUCCUUUCUAUCUUUACGGAAUUAGCUUAUAGAUUUUAGGGGAUUUCAUUUCUAUAUAAUUCAACGAGAAGCUAUUUGUUUUUGGAGUUUUUGGACUUUUUACCAUCUAUCGGUCCUUUCCACAUUUAGUCCUUCAACUUUCAUAAAAGUGACGCUUUUGGUCCUUCAACUAUUAUAAUAAUGACAUUUUUAGUCCUCCAUUUCCUGUGUCAAACUCAUAGAGGAAGGACUAAAAAUGUCAAUUUUAUAAUUCUAAGAGGACUAAAUGAUGAAAACAUUGAAGUCGAGGAUUAAGAAUGUCUCUUACACAAUAGUUGAGGACUAAAAAUGGAAAAAUUGAAAGUCGAGUACCAAAAGUGUCACUGACCCAAUAGUCAAGAGACUGAAAAUGAAAAAAAAAACCCUGAUAGAUGUUCAUUCUAUUUGUACUCUACAACUUUGGAAGUCCGAACUGAUUUAGUUUAUGUCUGAA